AUGGAAUACAUAGGCAACAUAUAUGAUAAAGUGCUAUCUGGAUAUGUAUCUGCACACGUAUUAAAAUAUAAAUCAUGGGAAGACAAAUUAAUAGGUAAUGAAGAAUGUAAAAAUGAUAGUAAUUAUAUAAAGAAAAAUCUAGAAGAAAUAUUAGGGACAUUUGUAAAAAAUGGAAAAUUUUCACACUCAUUAUGGGAACAGCAUAAAAUGUUCAUAGGCGAUGAGGGAAUAUAUCUUUUAGGUGAAAUUAUAACUAUUUGCCAAAUUGUACAAUUUAUAGAUUCCGAUGAUAUUGAAAAUGUCCAAAGUAAUGAAGAAUUUAAAACAAAUUUAAUAGAAGAAUUAAAAAGAAGAUUAAUUAUUAAAAAAAAAACUGAAAUAUUAGAAGAAAAAAUUAUAUCUAAUAUAUCUAUGUGUAAUGGUGAUAAUAAUUUUUAUAAUAAUUACUAUGAUGAUGAUAUUGAUGAAGAUGAAGCAGAUAAUAAUAGUGAAUAUGACAAUUAUCAAAAUAAUAAUGAUUCCAUUGCAUCUGUUUCAAAUAGCACUAAACAUGAUAGCAAUGGAUUAGAUGCUAAUAAUAAAACAAAGUUAAAUGAUAAAAAUGCGGUAUCUAAUUUUGUAGAAAUGUUAUGCGCAGGAAAAGCUAAUAAAUAUGGAUUUUGUGAAUAUGAUCAUAAAUUUAAUGAUAAAUAUAAUUUAAAGAAUAUAAAAAAUGAACAUAAGUCUUCUAAAUCAAUUGAACAUUCUAUUUUAUCAUUUUCAGAAGACCAUGAUCAUAAAUAUGUAUGCCUAUUGCUUAACAAUUCAGGGAUACAAGAAGUUAGAAUUUUAAGAUUUAGUAAAGAUUGCAUAAAUACAAAUAAAUUAUUAGAUACCUUAAAAGGAACAGUAACAUUUUUAAAUGAACUUCGAUAUUUAUUUAAAUAUUUUAGAUCACAAAUAUUUUUUAAAGAUAAAAUUUAUGGUGAAUUUUGCGCAUAUAUUAAAUUUCAUAAAAGUGACCCUAAUUUUAGUGGCACAAAAGCACUAAAUGAAUUUUUUAAUUCUUUAAAUGAUAAUGCUAUUAAAUAUUUAUUUUUUGGAUUAAGUGAAGAUAACUUAAAUUUAUUGGAGGAAGCUAUUUCUUAUUGUCCUAUUGCUACUUUCUCCUUUUUUAAAAAUAUUAAACUUCUUAAAAAUAUGAAUGUUAAUUCAGUUCGUCGUACUUGGAAAUCAGUUUGCAGCUUACAAAAAAUAUAUAAAAAUUAUAAAAAAAUGCAGGAACAAAGUUUUCUAGAUGAUAUGAAAUAUAAUACAGAUGAAUAUAAUGCAACAACUAUACAUCAAAAUGUGUCUAACGAUGGACUUAUUUCUUUAUCUCGACCGCCAGGUAGCAAUAAAGAAAAUAAAAAUGAAUUGUUUUCGGACUACAGCAAUAAUAAUAUAGAAUAUAAUGAAAAGCCAUUUUCUAGUUCAAAUAAUUGUAACGAUAAUAUGCAAAAUGAAGAUAACAUUGAAAUGGGAAAAAAAAAUUUAAGAAUGAAUAAUAUGUUAGAAACAAAUCAUUCAAUAGACGAUAAUAAUAAAACAUUAUUAGAAGGGUCUGGCAAAUUAUUAACCGAAAGUGAUUAUAAAUCUUCUCAAGAAAAUAAAAUAACAAGAGAUAAUUCAAUGGAUGAUUUAAGAAUCAAUAUGGUUAAACUUUUUAAAACAUAUGGUGGUCAAUGCCGUAUUGGAAAAGUACAAGGAAGAUGUGAAGAUGCCACUUUUCAAACAGAUACACCACCAGCCUUUGGAAUUUUUGAUGGAGUGGGUUCAUGGAGUUUAGAAGGUAUAGAUGCAUCCAAAUUUUCAAUUGGAUUAUCAUUAGCAUGUCAGCGUGAAGCUGAAAAAAUGUCAAAAAAUAUUAAUGGAUAUGAAAAUGUAUCAUAUAAUACUAUUAUUCGAUCUAAAUUAUUAUUAAAAAAUUCAUUAGAAAGUGUAAAAAAAGAAUAUGCAGAUGCAUAUGGUAGUUCAACUGCUAUCGUUGGUAUUUUAGAUGAAUAUACAGGAAAAUGUGGUAUAUCAUCUUUAGGUGAUAGUGUAUGUAUGAUUUUAAGAAGAGAAUUUUUACCAGGUGAUAUUAAUUUUGAAAGAGAAACAUAUCCUAAAUUUCCUGUUGAAUCUUUUUUAUAUGUAAAUAAUAAAGGAAGAAAUCCUUCUAUUAUUAGAAAAAUUAUAUGGAAAACUACAGAUCAAAAAUGGGAAAACGGAGCACCAUAUCAAUUAUCAAACUUACCAGAUCGUAGUCAAUGGAAAGAUUUAGAAGCAAGGGGAUUACAUAGUUUUGUUAAAAUAUUAGAAAGAGUAGAUAUUGAAGGAGAUUCACCAGAUAUGGCAAUAUCACCACCUUCAGAAAUUUUAUGUAUGCCAGGAGAUUUAAUAUUAUUAAUGAGUGAUGGUGUUUGUGAUAAUUUAUUUGAUGAAGAAAUUGAAGCUUAUUGUACAUUUGCUAUAAGUCCUGAAGAAGCAUGUGAAUUAGGCGAUCCUAGUGCAUAUACAUCAGCACAAGAUAUUGCAUAUUCAAUUACAAAUAUAGCAAAAAGAAGAAGUGGUGAUAAACUACAUUCUAAACCAUUUUUACCAUAUCCAGGAAAAUAUAGAGAACCAAAUAAAAUAUAUAAAGGAAAUAAAGUAGAUGAUAUUUCAUGUGUAGCCAUUUGGGUUGUUUGUGAAAAUGAAGAUAGUGUAAAAUAUAUAGCUAUGAAUCCAAAUGAACCAUCUAUAUUAGAAACUGAUCAAUAUUAUUCAAAUAAUUAUUUCCAUCAUUUUAAUAAAUUAACAGAUAUAUGUACACCUACUAAAUCAUUUAUUAAAGAAAAAAAUAGAAUAGAACGUGUUAAUUUAAAACAUACAAAUUCAAAGAAAGGAGAAACACAAACUACAUUUUCUAACUCAAAUAGCACUAAUAUGGUAAACCCAUUUAAUGCUAGCUUCUUUGAUUCAUCAGAAACGCCAAUCAAAUUUAAUGAUGAACCUAAAAGUCAAAAUUAUGAAGAUUUAAGUGAUAUGGUUUUAAGAGAUGAUGAUGAAGAAGAAGAAGAAGAAGACGACGAAGAAAAUUAUGAUAGUAACAACAUGGAAUUUGGACAAUAUCCAAACUUAAAUAAUAAUAAAGAUGGAACAAAUAAACAAGCAUUAUUGCCAUCUCACGAACACCAAUUAUUAGAAAAUAAUCCUUUAUAUUCAAAUUCAUCAAUGGAUGAUAUGCUUAUGAAAACACCAAAUAAUAAUAUGUUAAAAGAAAAAUAUAAAAACGAAAUUUUUAAUCAAGAUGAUUUUGAUCAUACACCUAGACAAAGAAUGUUAGAACAAAAUUUAGAUGAACAAAUUGAAAAAAUAAAUAAUAUGUAUAUAAAAACUCCUUUAUUACAUGUUGAUAAAAAAAAUAAAUCACCAACUAAAUGUAAAAUUAAAAAUAAAUCUAUUGAUAAAAAAAUGAUGCCAUUAAUGUAUCAUGAAACUCCAAAAAAACAAACUCAAAAAAAUAAUGAAAAACAAAAUAAAUCAAUGAUUGGUGAUAAUUAUUAUUAUGAUGAUGAAAAUGAUAAUCAUCAUAAUGAUCCCGAUAAUAUUAGUGAUGAUUAUAUCAACAAAGAUUCAGAAAAUAUGGUAACUAAUUUUGAAGAUAGUGAAACACAGGAUAAAAUUAAAAAUUCUAAAACUUCUAUGCUCAGAAUUAAUAAAAAAAUAGCUAACUCAAAAAGAAAACAUUUUAGUCCAGGAAAGCUAGAUUCAGUUAGUAAAAUGAAUUUAUAUUCAAAACGGUCCAAAAAAACAUAA